CACAAAUAUAAUCUAUUCAUAGAUGGCUGCAUAAGUAGAAUCAUUAAAAAUGCUAAUGAGCCUUGGAACAGCAGGUAUAUUUGGUAUCUUUUUGGUUAAAAAUUGCUUUUUCACUGUUGAACCUGGACAUUGUGCUAUUAAAUUUAGCAAAUUUUUUGGUCUAUAGGAAGAAAAGUAUAAAGAAGGAUGGCAUUUCAGAAUACCUUACUUUGAGACACCAAUUGAUUAUAAUAUUUAAACAAGACCAAGAUAAAUCAAAGCUAAUACAGCUAAUAGAGGUAUCCUAUUAAAAUAUUCUCUAAGAUAUGCAAAAUGUUCUAUUGACUCUUAGAGUACUUCAUAGACCAUAUAGUGAGGAUCUUCCAACUAUUUAUAGAACCUUAGGAAUUGAUUAUGAUGAAAAAGUCUUACCAUCUAUUGUUAAUGAAACCAUGAGAUCAGUUGUAGCUUAAUAUACUGCAUCUUAAUUAAUGAGUUAAAGAGACUAAGUUUCAUUCAAAAUUAGAUAAGCUUUAGAUUAAAGAGCUGCUUAAUUCAAAAUUGCUAUUGAUGAUGUAUCAAUUACCGAAUUAACUUUUGGAAAAGAAUAUUUAGAGGCAGUAGAAGCGAAAUAAGUUGCUUAAUAAGAAGCAGAAAGAGCUAAAUUUGUUGUUGAAUAAGCAAGAGAAGCUAAAAAGAGUAUUGUUAUCAAAGCAUUAGGAGAAGCUAAAUCUAUUGAAUUAGUAGGAAAAUCUGCAUUAACUAAUCCAGGUAUUAUAUUAUAUAUUAACCAAUUUUAGCAUUCUUGGAUGUUAGAAGAAUUGAAUAUGCUAGAGAAAUAUCUGCAAUACUUGCUGAAUCUAGAAAUCACGUUAUGUUGCCAUCAGAUAUUCUUAAAAUGGAUGCUACUGCACACAAAUGAGU